GGGUCCUUCAUCCCCGGAAGAAGCGAGCCCCAGAGGCGUCGGAUCUCGUAAAGGGCGAGGCGUGCACCCAGCCCAGGUGUUAAUUUUAUUGAGAAGAUGGCUGAUCCUUGGCAGGAAUGCAUGGAUUAUGCAGUAACCCUAGCAAGACAAGCUGGAGAGGUGGUUUGUGAAGCUCUGAAAAAUGAAAUGAAUGUUAUGAUUAAAAGCUCCCCAGCUGAUUUGGUCACUGCUACUGAUCAAAAAGUUGAGAAAAUGCUUAUUUCUUCCAUAAAGAAAAAGUAUCCAUCACACAGUUUCAUCGGUGAGGAAUCUGUAGCAGCAGGGGAGAAAAGUCUCCUCACGGACAAUCCCACGUGGAUCAUUGACCCUAUUGAUGGAACAACUAACUUUGUGCAUAGGUUUCCUUUUGUAGCUGUUUCCAUUGGCUUUGUUGUAAAUAAAAAGAUGGAAUUUGGAGUUGUGUACAGUUGUGUGGAGGAUAAGAUGUACACCGGCAGGAAAGGAAAAGGCGCCUUUUGCAAUGGCCAAAAACUCCAGGUCUCCAAACAAGAAGAUAUUACCAAAUCACUCUUAGUAACAGAGUUGGGCUCCUCGAGAACACCAGAGACAAUAAAAAUUGUUCUUUCUAAUAUGGAAAAGCUCCUUUGCAUUCCCAUUCACGGGAUCCGAGGCGUGGGAACUGCAGCGGUAAACAUGUGCCUGGUGGCAACUGGAGCCGCAGACGCCUACUAUGAAAUGGGCAUUCACUGCUGGGACAUGGCAGGGGCUGGCAUUAUUGUCACCGAAGCUGGCGGCGUGCUGAUGGAUGUGUCAGGUGGACCAUUUGAUUUGAUGUCACGAAGAAUCAUUGCCGCAAAUAGCAAAACAAUAGCAGAAAGGAUAGCUAAAGAAAUUCAGAUAAUCCCUUUGCAAAGAGACGACGAAGAUUAAUUCGAGCAGCAUCUCGUCCUCACAGUUGCUUCUUCCAGCUGUGCUCUGCACACUGCUGGUGUUCCACAAGCCAGACAUCUGGCUCGGAUGUAUAGUCUGAUUGAUCUAAGUUAGUACAAUCUUUCCAGUUUUAAAAGUUACAACUUCUAUAUUCUGUUGAGAGUAGGUAUAUAAGAAUAAAUGAAAUAUUUUGUUUUGUUGUUUUUAAAAAUCUUAUGUAAGAGUUGCAUGUAAGAAUGAUCAUUUUGGGAGAAAUAACAGUUUAUGAGAUAAAAGGUAUCUGUAAAAUAGACCAAAGGUAGCAAUUUUGGGUUUCUGAGAAGAAUGAGCUUCUAAUUUGUUGACUUACUGCUUCUGUAUAUAAUCCUUUUUUUUAUUAGAAAGUGAACCAUAUUUUUGCGUGUGAUUUUUUGGCUACGAUGGGUGGUUUUCAGUGGCUUCACGUGGUGUGAAGUAUCAGACUGGGGCCUCGUACCCUUGCCUACUGCAUACACGUAUGUUAAGCACUUUGAAAUAUUUCAUUGGCCCACUGCAAGUUUUAAAAAUUUUAAAUUUUAAGAAAAAAAUUCUCUCUAGUUCCAAAAGCCAUAUUUAAAUUUAUAAAAAAUUAGUGACUUCUUCCUCAAACACUAUUUCUCUGUAGAAAAACUUACUUGUUAAAAAAAAAUUCAUCGAAAGAAUGGAGGUAGCAAUUACUGAUAAUAAGAAGUGCAUGAAAUAAUUAACUCACCGUUCUGUAUUUCACUUCAGGUUUUGAAUUUCAGAUCAUCCACUUACCCAUUUUAUAUUUCACAUUCCUAUUUCUUUUAACAUUUCACUGUACCUUAUUAUUUCAGUUUUCAGACCACCAGAUAGUAUUCCCAGUUGUGACAUUUCUGUUGAUAAUAUAUUUUCCAGAAGCAGCUACAGUGUUGUUUUUUUUUGGACUUCUUUAAAUUCAAGUGUUUAAGAGAAGAAACUUUCACCCAGAACAAAUGUUCUUCUCAGUUUUCUGCUAUAAUUAGAUAUCGCAUGAUGUUAUGUUAACUUUAGGUCUUGUUUUGUGUUUGAGCCAUACCCCACAGUACCCAGGGGCUCCUCCUGGUUCUGUGUCUGUGUGUGUGUGUGUGUGUGUGUGUGUGUGUGUGUGUGUGGGUGAGGGGGUCGUCACUCUUGGCAGUGCUUGGGGUUCAUUUCCUGGGGAUACAGUGCUGGGCCUCCAGCGUGCAAAGUGUGCUUUGCCUGUGCUGACCCUGUUGAAUUCCCUCUCCCCAGCCCUUAGUUUUAAUAUUUAGGUUUUCAAGGUGGGCCUGCUGAUCUGUUUGUACACAGGAAGCCUCGACCCUGGCAAAUAUACUGUUAUUAUUGAACUUAACUUUUUAUUUAUUUUGUUGUCACACAGUUCUAUUUACUAUUUAGUAGUUUUUAGCCUUGUCAGACUCAAAAAGAAAAUUGUUUUGGUUUAUAGAUAAAUUGAGAAAAUGAAUUUAUUGCUAGCCUUUACCCUUGCCAUGCAAACAGAGUGUUGAUUUUUAAUUUCAGUUCAUGUUGGCAUUGUUUUGCUAAAAUGAAAAAUGCUAUGAAGUUUUAAAGAUAAGGGGUUAUGUAAUUGUUGUGCAUUAACUAACUCAGUAAAUAGUUUGAUCCUAAGAUUUGAGCAUUAUAAUUACUGUAUUUGUACUGUUGUUCAUGUGCAGUGAAAACAUAUACUGUAUUCUAAGGUAGGGUUUUUUAAAAUGAACUUAUUUUAAUUAAUAAGAAAUAAAAUUUUAAAUUAAAAAUGUAAUUGAUAUUUGCAUGAUUAAAGUUUUAAUUUUAACUACUUAAAAUAGUCUUA